AGUAGGUCGGCCCCAGUGCGCUUUCUGGGGCUGGUAACGAGUUCUCCGCGCUCUCGGCUCUCCGCGCCGUCUCGGCUGGCCCUGCCGGGCGGUGCGGCGCAGCCUCGCUCCGGGGUGCAGGUGCAGGAGCGGGAGCCUUGGCCUUGCAGUCCGGGCUCCCGGGAUGGGACAGGGGCCGCAGCCGGGCCUGCCCAUGGUGGUGUUUCCAGCCCAGUCUUUGAGAUAAAAUGUCUUCUGUACAAAGAAGUCCAAAGCAAGAAAUAAUUUCCCAAUUUCACUAUUCAGCUGCAGAAGGAGAUAUUGCCAGGUUAACAGUGAUACUCAGUCAUUCUCCAUCUCUUCUCAAUGAAACUUCUGAAAAUGGCUGGACUGCUUUAAUGUAUGCUGCAAGAAAUGGGCACCCAGAUGUUGUCCAAUUUCUACUUGAGAAAGGGUGCGACAGAUCCAUUGUCAAUAAAUCAAGGCAGACUGCACUGGAUAUUGCUAAGUUUUGGGGUUAUAAGCAUAUAGCUAACUUACUAGCUAAUGCUAAAGGUGGGAAGAAGCCUUGGUUCCUAACCACUGAAGUGGAAGAAUGUGAAAAUUAUUUUAGCAGGACACUACUGGACCGGAAAAGUGAAAAAAGAAAUAAUUUUGACUGGCUAUUAGCAAAAGAAAGCCAUCCAGCCACAGUUUAUAUCCUUUUCUCAGAUUUAAAUCCCUUGGUUACUCUAGGUGGCAAUAAAGAAAGUUUCCAGCAGCCGGAAGUCAGGCUCUGUCAGCUGAACUACACAGAUGUAAAGGAUUAUUUGGCUCAGCCUGAGAAGAUCACCUUGAUUUUCCUUGGAGUAGAACUUGAAAUGAAAAAAGAGUUAUUUAAUUAUGCUGGGGGAGUCUCAAGAGAAGAAGAUGAUGGAUUGGUUGCCUGGUUUGCUUUAGGUAUAGACCCUGUUGCCGCCGAAGACUUUAAGCAAAGACAUGAAAACUGUUACUUUCUUCAUCCUCCAAUGCCAGCUCUUCUGCAAUUGAAAGAAAAAGAAGCUGGUGUUGUAGCUCAAGCAAGAUCUAUUCUUGCCUGGCACAGUCGAUAUAAGUUCUGCCCAACCUGUGGAAGUGCAACUAAAAUUGAAGAAGGUGGCUAUAAAAGAGUAUGCUUAAAAGAAGGCUGUCCUAGCCUUCACGGUGUGCACAAUACAUCAUACCCAAGAGUUGAUCCAGUAGUAAUCAUGCAAGUUAUUCAUCCAGAUGGGACCAAAUGUCUUUUAGGCAGGCAGAAAAGAUUUCCCCCAGGCAUGUUUACUUGCCUUGCUGGAUUUAUUGAACCUGGGGAAACAAUAGAAGAUGCUGUUCGGAGAGAAGUAGAAGAGGAAAGUGGAGUCAAAGUUGGCCAUGUUCAGUAUGUCUCUUGUCAGCCAUGGCCAAUGCCCUCCUCAUUAAUGAUUGGUUGCUUAGCUGUGGCAGUGUCAACAGAAAUUAAAGUUGACAAGAAUGAAAUAGAGGACGCCCGCUGGUUCACUAGAGAACAGGUUGUGGAUGUUCUGACCAAGGGGAAGCAGCAGGCAUUCUUUGUGCCACCAAGCCGAGCUAUUGCACAUCAAUUAAUCAAACACUGGAUUGGAAUGAACCCCAAUCUCUAAAUCAAAUAACUGGACUUUGACUAUGUCUAAUUGAUUUCUAAUCCCAUUUAUUCCUCAAGUGAGAUUAGAAAUGUUCAGUGCUUUUUAGAAUGUCACAGUUCACAAUAUCAUACUGGGUUUUUGAAGUAUUUUCAAAGGGUACCUUCCAUGUUAACCACAAAAUUCACAUUUUUAUAAAUUACAACACUGCCUCAGCUUUUGUUAAAUCUUAGUAAUCUUUGAAAUUGUUUUCACAAUUUUAUCUCACAAAAACAUAUUUCUAUUAAGAGAAAUCAUGUUGUAAAGAAGUAUAUUCUAAAAAUGUAAAUAAACCUAAAUUCCAUUGCCUCUUGUAAGCAUUAAACCAUUCACUAAAGGUCUUUUCUGAGAAAUGAGACAGAAUUAUUUUAUGAAUUUUGAGCUUGAUUUUUAAUGUUUUCAUUGUCAUAAAGGUCCUUUUGGUGGUCAGUAGCUGAUUUUUGCUCUUCUUCCCAUUUUAAUCCACUUUUUCUCCUGGUUCCAUUGUUCUAGCAGUGGCACUCUUACCGUGUUGCUACUAGUCUUGUUUUGAUCAGUGUUAAAUAAUUUUUUAUUUUAACAACUCUACUAGUGAUCAGUAUACCAUGCCCUUAGGGAAGGAGAACUUAAGUGAAAAUGUAUCACUAUGUCUGGGACCCCCUUCUUAAACGUAAAAUUAAUUAACGUAUCUAUUUGUUAGCUAUACUCAAAAGUUGUUCUUCGGGCGAAUCAAGAUCCUCUGCUUUUUCACUCAACUUAAACAUAUUUGAAAGGAAUUCUCCUCAAAGGUCAGAUAUUAUAUAAAAUCCCAGAUAGAUAUACGUAUGUGAUAAAAACAUUGGUUUAUGUCAUUUUGUGAUAAGGGAUGUAUCUUCAUUAGCAAAAAUUAUAUAACCAUUAUUAAUAAUAUUUCUUAAAUACGUCCUGGCUUUUUACCUUAUUUCAACACAUUCUAAAAAGCAUUUAUACAAUAAGUAUGUCUUAGAACUGAAUCAAUAACACUCUAGAGAAAGUAAGUUGUAGUAGUUCACAAUUUCACAACAGAGAACUGUCAUAUUUUAUAAGGCUGUUUUGAAAUUGUUUUAAAAAGUACUGUAUAAAUGUAUAUAGUUUGGCUCUUUACUACUGUAUGUUAGAACUAGAAGAGACCUUAAAGACAAUAUAUGUAGUCCACUGCCCUUUUUUUUUUUAAUAGAUAAAAGGAAAUCCUGAAAGGUGAAUUUAAUUAACUUACCCAUUAAAGGUGAAUCAAUUAAUUAAUUAAUUGGAGAAAGUUACACAAUUACAACUACUUACAAUUGUUAAUACAAUUAAUCAUAAUUAAGUAACUUAAUUACAACAGUCUAAUACUGUAUAACCUAGUGCAGGAUUCUCCCUCUAACAGAAAGUAGAAACUAUUACUAAAAGUAUUUAGUGAAUAAAUUAAAAUAGAGGAUGAUAAGAAGAAUAAAUUUAAUUUACCAAAUACUGUUAAUUAAACUUAUAGAUACUAAAAUUCAUUUAAAUUACUUUCUUAGACAAAACUUUACCAAUGAACAAUGAUUUUCUUAGUAAUCGAUGAAGGCUUAUUGGUAUCAGGACUUUAGACAAAAUUAAGACUUACAUAGGACAUUUAGAUACAUAAUAAAAUUUGAACUACCUAAGUAUAUAGAAAAGAAUGUGCCUUGAUUAUUAUAAAGCAUAAUGACUCUAUGUUCAGUUUUACCCCAAAUGUACUUUUAAUACUUACAGAUUCUAAGAUUACAUCAUAAAAUUCCAAGUUUCCAUAAUGUUAGGAUAGCCAGUAUUUUAGGAUAAAAUAUACAGUAUCAACAAAAUGUAGUUAUAGAUUUAGCUUUGGAUAUUUAAUCCAGUACUCAGGGAAAAUCAGUAUCUAAGUAAAUUAUUGUUUUAAUAAUCAUUCUUAAAUUGCUAACCUCUGAGAGGUGGAUAGCUACAUGUAUGCAGAAGGAAUAACCAAGAAAUGGUAGAGGUUCAAGUGCCAUGAUUGUAUCUAAUAAAACUGAAGGUAACAUUAAAAUAUUUAUCGUAUAUUUUC